AUGUCAUUCCUCACGCGCGUUACUCCCUUGACCUCUCAACUCGCUAGUUCCGCUGCAAGGACGACAACGCCCGCCUUUAGUGUCCCUGCCUUCCGGUCCCUCUCCUCCACAACCAAGAAAGACAAGGGUGUCGCCGACACAACAAAGGAUACUCUCAAGAAGGCGGAUAGGACUGCGUCAGAUGCAGCUCUCAAGGGUAUUGAGACAGGCCAACAUGUGAAAGACAGCCUCAAGGGCACUUUCGGCAGCACAAAGGGAGAAGCUGAGGCAAAGUCAGGAGAGUUGAAGGAUGAGGCAUCCAAAUAUGCUCAGGAGGGCAAGUCCAAGGCUGGGGAGGCCGCCAAUGAAGCCAAACAGAAGGUUCAUGAGGCUACCCGUUAA